GCACUCCCUCAAAAACCUGUGGCGCUAUUAUUUAUGGUAAAAAUGUGGACAAUCAGGUCGCACUAAUGCUAAAAAUUUGGGGUGUAGUAAAACAGCUAUUCAUCAAACUGAUUCUUUCACACCAAAAAAAACAAACUGGUCACCCACCGCUCCUUAAUACAUCAUCUCAACAAGAGCUUAAAGCUUUUGUUCAAGAAAAUGGUGAAAAUCAUCGGCUUUGUGCAAAAAAACUUUUAACUGUUUGGACAUCUCAUUUAAAAAACCCCAUUUCUGCAUUUACUAUACGUCGUAUCCUUAAAAAGUUGGACUUAAUGCUC